AAAAUUUAUUUAUGCAAAGUUCUGUGACAGAGCCGGACAGUUCUCAGUGGGGGGAAGACCCGUUCUCUUUGACCAACGAGGCGUAUGCUAGGCAUCUCGGGUUACGUGUGUCUCGACCUUCUACUAAUGCUGCUACUACCUCACGUCGGCAUCGAGAGUGGGAGAACGCGGAGGGCUUGCCUUUGUCUCAGCCUACGUGCACGCAGAGCUCUGCAACGCAACCGGAUUCAGACGAAGAAGACCCGUUCCCGACUCUUCCCCCUCCUCCGGCUCCGCCGUCUACAGCAGAAACAAUUAGUCACAAAGGUGCAGGUGGGAGUCAGGCGCAGAGUGAAACGGAGAGUGAGACCGAGAACGAAGAUGAAGAUUGUGGGAAUGGGGAUGAUGUGGACGGGGCAACGUCAAUGCCGGAUAUAACCUCCCCCGACGAUAUUUUUGACUUCAGGUUGUUGUCACCUCGUGAGGUGAGGAGGGUUGUUGAGAGUGGGAUGAGGUUCCGCAGGCUGGGUCAGAGCUCUUUCGUACUUCGUUCCUCGAGUCGUGGAGAAGAAGGACAGGACGAAGACGAAGGAGAAGGUGGCGUUAGAGGAGAGAGUGAAGGAGAGGAGGAAGGAGAAAGCAUGCCAAACACUGUGCGUGAGUUCCUUCGGAUGCUUGAUACGCAGAACCAGAGUCCGGGCUGGAACCAGAGCCAGACACCGAGUGAGGUUUAAAGGUUGAUGGAGAUUGUCGCCGGAAAGUUUUGAACAUUGGAAUAGAAAAGUCUUAAUCCGUUGCUUGUAUACGAUAGUAUUUGUUAUUGCUUUUUAAAUGCUUUGCUUUCGGAAUUUGUAGCAUACGGAUUAGUUUCGCGCUUUUACAGCACUUGCUUUCGAUUAACG